CCAAAAUACCUUCAGAUGUGGCGAUUCUGUGGCCAGGGACGUGAUCUCUGGCCUGGUGGAGAACCGGCUCAGGCCCCUCUAGCGCGGGGAGACCUCGCUGGCUGCAGAUACAGUAACCCUUCCACUAUGUUGUCCUUCGCUCUGCUCCUGGCCUGGCUCGCCGCUGCCACGGUUCGGGCAGGGCACCCAUCCUCGCCACCUGUGGUGGACACCGUCCAUGGCAAAGUCCUGGGGAAGUUUGUCAGCUUAGAAGGAUUUGCACAGCCCGUGGCUGUUUUCCUGGGAAUCCCCUUUGCCAAGCCCCCUCUUGGAUCCCUGAGAUUCGCUCCUCCACAGCCUGCGGAGUCCUGGAGCUUCGUGAAGAAUGCCACCUCUUACCCUCCAAUGUGCUCCCAAGAUGCAUUUUCAGAAGAGAUGACCUGGGACUUCAUUACCAACAGAAAUGAGACCAUUCCUCACAAGUUUUCUGAAGACUGCCUCUACCUAAACAUCUACACCCCCGCUGACUUGAGGAGGAAAAGCAGACUACCAGUAAUGGUAUGGAUCCAUGGAGGUGGUCUGAUGGUGGGCGCGGCAUCAAUGUACGAUGGGCUAGCCUUGUCUGCCCAUGAAGAUGUGGUGGUGGUGACCAUUCAGUAUCGCCUGGGGAUCUGGGGAUUCUUCAGCACCGGGGAUGAGCACAGCCCGGGGAACUGGGGUCUCUUGGACCAGGUGGCUGCACUGCACUGGGUCCAGGAGAACAUUGCCAACUUUGGAGGGAACCCAGGCUCAGUGACCAUCUUUGGAGAGUCUGCAGGAGGUGCAAGUGUCUCCGUUCUUGUUUUAUCUCCUCUGGCCAAGAAUCUCUUCCACGGGGCCAUUUCUGAGAGUGGCGUGGCCCUCUCUGUUGUUUUGGUCAAGAAUGAAAGCAGGUCAGCAGCUGAGAAAUUUGCUAUCUUGGCUGGGUGUAAAACCACCACCUCUGCUGUCAUGGUUCACUGCCUGCGCCAGAAGACAGAGGAGGAACUCUUGGAGACAUCGCUGAAGAUGAAAUUCGUCGGUCUAGAUUUACUUGGAGACCCCAGAGAGAGCUAUCCCUUCCUGCCCAUUGUGGUUGAUGGGAUGCUGUUGCCAAAGACACCUGAAGAGAUUAUGGCAGAAAAGAAAUUCAACACCGUCCCCUACAUUGUUGGUAUCAACAAGCAAGAGUUUGGCUGGAUUAUUCCAAAAUUGAUGGGCUACCCACUCUCUGAAGGUAAACUGGACCAGAAGACAGCUGCAUCGCUCUUGUGGAAGUCCUACCCCCUUGUUGCCAUCCCUGAGGAACUGACUCCGGUGAUCACUGAGAAGUACUUAGGUGGGACAGAUGACCCUGUCAAAAAGAAAGACCUGUUCCUGGACAUGCUUGGAGAUGCAGCAUUUGGUGUCCCAUCUGUGAUUGUGGCACGUCGUCACAGGGAUGCCGGAGGCCCCACCUACGUGUAUGAGUUUCAGUAUCGCCCAAGCUUCUCACCAGAGAUGAAACCCAAGACGGUGAUAGGAGAUCACGGGGACGAGCUCUUCUCAGUCUUCGGGGCCCCGUUUUUAAAAGAGAGUGGCACAGAAGAGGAGGUCAAACUCAGCAAGAUGGUGAUGAAACUGUGGGCCAACUUUGCUCGGAAUGGGGACCCCAAUGGAGAGGGGCUGCCCCAUUGGCCAGCAUAUGACCAGAAGGAAGGGUACUUGGAGAUUGGCAUCACCACUAAGGCAUCCCAGAAGCUGAAAGACAAGGAGGUGGCUUUCUGGACUGAGGUCCUGGCCAAGAAGGCAGCAGAGAAGCCAGCGCAGACAGAGCACAUUGAGCUAUGAACAGAGGGCCAACUGGGUACUCUACAUGGGCAUUCUACAGAAGGCACUUAUAGCUCAAAGAGGCUUCUUAUUGUGGAGGCUGAAGAAUUGUCUGGUGGGAUGGAGAAUUUUGUACUGAUUGCCUCAAUUUGGGAAUAAAUGUUUUGGAGAUGAA